GGUGUACUGGGAACUCAGCUCCUAACGAUCUCCCCAGUUCCACUGAAUUAUUAGAUCGCUUCUUAGAAACGGGCAUCGCGGCUUGCUUAGGCUAUAUUUCGUCGCCUCUGGACAAGAAGCUUAUCUUCCGAAUCCUGUGUUCGACCAUCUGGCUUGAAUCGCGUAGCGUGCGUAUCCAAUCUGCCUUCCUGAAUCUGUCCUCAUGGUGGUCUGCAAAUGUCGUAAGGCCACCAAGCUCUACUGCUUCGUGCACAAGACGCCCGUGUGCUUCGACUGCAUAUGCGCUCCCGACCACCAGCACUGCGUGGUAUGGCAGUACUCGGACUGGGUGAACGACGGCGACUACGACUGGCCGCCGCACUGCGCAGUGUGCAGCGAGUCACUCGAGGAUUCUGACAAGCCCACCAUCCGCCUCUCCUGCCUACACGUGCCGCACUCCGAGUGUCUAAAGAAGCACGUGGAGUCGUUUCCGCCCAACACGGCGCCAGCGGGCUUCACAUGCGCCUCCCCUGGGUGUGGCCUCGAGAUAUGGCCAGCCAGGUCGCACAAGGACUCCGCCACGGCGCUCUACACGCACCUCCGAGCACUCCUGGCGCAGUCGUCUGUUGCUGACGUCAUUCUGAGCACGCCAGCCACCAUCGACCCAGCAGCCACAGCCCAAGCCACAGCGCUCUCAGACAAGCCCGCCCCACCCGCAUUCGCCUCUGGCCCUCUCGCAGCAGUAGGGCGGGCAGGAGAGUCCGCCAAUGCAGGGGCGGAGGGGGAGGGCCGAGGGGAGGCCGGGGGGGCAGUGGAGGAGAAGAAUGGCGCGGAGGGGGAGGGCAGUGGGCCGGGGUCAUCAGCGGCUGCAGCGGCUGUCGCUGCUGCAGCGGCGGCUGCUGCGGCUGCUGCUUUGGCUGGGACUAAACGCCAAUCGCAGCAGCAGGGCGCGGUGAACAUCGCGCGCAGCCGAACAGGCGGGUCGGAUCGCACGGCGGUGGACAUCACAGAAGAGAUCGAGACGGCGUACCGCACAGAUGAGGAGGCGGGCGACAAGAAGUACGCCAGACGAGGCCCGGCCCAUCUGCAGGCGCUGCGGUUCCUGGGCUCGUGGUGGUCCCCUGCGCUGCACGCGCUGCCAGUGACGCUCACCGCGUCGCACUCGCACCGCCGGGACAAGGAGGAGGGCACGGGGGCGCACGAGGAUGGGGGGGCGGCGGGCAGGAGGAGACCCGGGCAGAGACGCAGCGGUGCUGUGGAUCCCAGAAAGCUGCUGCUCAUCGUGGCCAUUGUCUCGUGCAUGGCAACGAUGCUGCUGCUAUACUACCGCCUGGCCCAGGGGGUCAUGUCAGAAGGCGCAUCUACGCUCCCAUAGUCACAGAGCUCAUACACUUUCUAGUCGUCGUGCCUGCAGCCAUUCCAGUUGUCUAGCAGACCAGUGUCGCUUAAAGCAACGAGGAAUGCUUUGAGGAGGAAUUCCUACUGUAGAUAGCUUGCAAUGGCAUCAAUAGUGUCUAUA